GUCUUCCCAGCUCAUUCAGUUCACCAUCGACACCAACUAUCCCCACACCUAUCAUCCACCUCAAAGAAGCUUCAUUAACCUUUCGAACACUUCCCUAGCCUAUCGCACAUCAUGGCGAGCCUACUUCAAAGUCUACCUCAGCCUGUUAACCCAAGCGUUGAACUCGUUGAAGAAGACCAAGGAACUAUAGCUCAAUCUACUCAACAACUCACACUCGAAAACCAGAUUAUCAUUCCUCCAUACGGUUCACGUCGCGGUUGGAAGCCUCGGUUACCGGAUCAUUUCGGGGAUGGAGGAGCUUAUCCUGAAUGUCAUUUGGCUCAGUACCCACUUGAGAUGGGUCGCAAGAAGCAUGCUUCAGUCGGGAACACGCUAGCCUUGACUGUAGAUGGAGAAGGAAAGAUUGAUUACACGAAGAUCGCGAAACAAGGUCACCGAGACGGACGACAUGUGCAAGCCCAAUUCAAAGAUCUCGUUCCACUCGCUCACAGGGCAGACUUGUCAGCUGAAGCUCGUAGUAUGGAACGCCCAUCAGAAGAAGAAGUAGACGCAACCACUCAAAGAACUCGAGCAGCUCUCGAAAAGCUUACAAACUCCAAAAUCAAAGCUGCUCAACCUAAACAUGUACCUGAAACAGGUGGUACAGUAAGUUUUGUACGUUAUACACCUAAUACGAUGGAAGGUUCUGCAGAUGGAGCAGGAAAACAAAGAAUAAUCAAGAUGGUCGAAGUAGUAGAAGAUCCACUUGAACCACCACGUUUCAAACACAAAAAGAUUCCAAGAGGUCCACCUUCUCCACCUGCACCUAUCUUACGCUCUCCACCUAGAAAAGUCACUAGUUUAGAACAAAAAGAAUGGAUGAUUCCACCUUGUAUUUCGAAUUGGAAGAAUAACAAAGGUUAUACUAUUCCACUUGAUAAACGAUUGGCGGCUGAUGGUCGUGGACUUCAAGAUACUCAUAUCAACGAUCGAUUUGCGCAAUUGUCCGAAUCGCUUUACAUUGCUGAUCGACAUGCCAGAGAAGAAGUCAGACAGCGUUCAUUACUUCAACAACGAUUGGCUCAGAAAGAAAAAGAACAGAAGGAAGAAAACCUACGUUUGUUGGCCCAACGAGCUCGAGAGGAACGUUCUGGUAUUCCUCGGGUGGUGGCCGCUUCAGGAGGUGGAGCUAUGCCUACAACUUUAGCAGGAUAUGGAAGUGACUCGGAUGAGAGUGGUAAGGAGGGAUCUGGUUCAGAAAGUGGUGCAGAAGACGGUGAUGAAGCAGCUGCGAAGGCUAGAGACGAAUUAAGAAGAGAAAGACGUAAGGAUCGUGAACGUGAGAUGAGAAUGAAUAAUAUGGGUAACGAGAAACGAGCACAACAUUUAGCAAGAACCCAAAAUCGGGAUAUAAGUGAAAAGAUCGCAUUAGGAUUAGCUAAACCGACGAUGUCAAAAGAAUCAAUGAUCGAUUCACGUUUGUUUAAUCAAGAAAGUUAUAGUGGUACAUUUGGUGAUGAAGAUUCUUAUAACCUUUAUGAUAAACCUCUCUUUACUGGCAGUUCUGCUGCUGCUGCCAUCUAUAAACGAGGUGGAGCACAGGAUGGAGACGAUGAUGGCGGUGAACGUUAUGGUGGUGGUACAGAAGAAGGUAUCACUGGUGCGAUGAGGAAUGAUCGAUUUGGGCUUGGUGUUGCUGGUAGAGGAUUUGAAGGAGCUGAUCUGCAAGAAGCACGAGAUGGACCUGUACAAUUCGAAAGGGACACGAUGGCUACCGCCGAUCCGUUUGCAAUCGAUGCUUUCUUAGAUGAAGCUAAGAAAGGUGUAAAACGAGGUUUAGAACAUAGAGGUGGGGAUGAAGAAUCCAAGAAACGAAGAGGUUGAUUUGGUUUUCAUUCGAUUCUUUGAAGCUUGAAAAUUUUCUUAUCAAUUCAAAACAGAUGAUGAAGGUAUGAACAUCACUUUCGUAUAAUGAAUUUCUGUUGUGUGUGUUUGAACAUUGUAUCUAGCUAUUAUAAAAGUGAGUCUAUUUCGAAGGAUCAGAAUCAUAUCUUGGUAUUGGUCUUCCUUGAUGACUUGACUUUUCAGGUUGCUUUUGAAGCCUCAUUUCGCUUGCAAGAUAAGGGCUCUGAUGGGUAUGAGUGUGAAGUAAUUUAGCUUGGUUACUUCCCUGGUAAAUGGUUCAUUCCCAAU